AUGGUGAAGUUCUCAAAGGAACUCGAAGCUCAAAUAAUACCAGAAUGGAAGGAAGCCUUUGUCAACUACAAGCAGCUCAAGAAACAGAUAAAAAAGAUUAAACUCGCAAAAGUUCCAAAGAAAGAACAAGCACCCGAAGUUGAAUUUGGUCGUUCCAUUUUUGAUUCAUUUCGCUUCAUAACCAACAAGUUCUUCAGUUCGGACAAUGAUAAAUCAGAUAUCAUUCAGGUGAAGAGGAAAACGAUGGGAGACAGCGAAGAAGAAUUGUAUGAAACAGAACUUUCACAAUUGUUUUCGGAAGAGGAUGAAGUACAUGUGUUUUUUGCAAAACUGGAUGAAGAGCUUAACAAAGUGAACCAAUUCUACAAGAAACAAGAGAUUGAGUUUCUUGAUAGAGGAGAAACACUCAUCAAGCAGCUUCAAAUCUUGCUAGACCUUAAGCAACUUUUCGGUAACCGCCGCCGGAAAAAUCCUCCGUCGUCAAAAGCUUCCAAUUAUGGCAUUUUCCCUCAUUCUCCAAGCCAGGGUUCAACUUGCUCCGGUAGUUUUGGAGAAUCGGAAGAAACUAAUUCAGAAAUUUCACAAAUGGAUGAAGUAAUUACAACAUUGGAAAAAAAUGGUGUAAGUUUUGUGAAUUCAGCAACGAGGAUGAAAACAAAGAAGGGAAAGAAUAAGAUGGCAAUGAGAAUUGAUAUUCCUGCCACCACACCAACAAAGGCAAGCACGGCUGUUACUUCCAUGAUAUGGGAGGAUUUAGUGAAUAGUCCUACAAAAGAAGGGUAUGGAUUCAUUAACAAGAGAAAAGUUCAAUAUGCUGAAAAAAUGAUUAGAAGUGCAUUUGUAGAGCUCUACAAGGGUCUUGGCCUUCUCAAAACUUACAGCUCACUAAAUAUGGUUGCAUUUUCCAAGAUACUGAAGAAAUUUGACAAGGUGUCUUGCCAGAAGACUUCUGCAAAUUAUUUAAAAGAAGUGAAGAAAUCAAACUUCGUUAGUUCUGACAAGGUUGUUAGACUAAUGGACGAAGUGGAAUCCAUAUUCACAAAGCACUUCGCCAACGAUGAUAGGAAAAAGGCUAUGAAGUUUUUAAGACCCCAACAGCAAAAAGGUUCUCACAUGAUCACGUUCCUUGUCGGGUUAUGUACGGGUUGUUCUGUAUCCUUGUUUUGUGUAUACGCAAUCUUGGCCCAUUUGUGUGGUAUAUUCUCUCCUAGCUCAGAGCCAGCUUACGUGGACGCAGUUUACCCUGUUUUCAGUGUGUUUGCAUUGUUAAGCCUACACUUGUUAAUGUAUGGAUGUAACCUGUACAUGUGGAGGGGUACAAGAAUCAACCAGAAUUUCAUCUUUGAAUUUUCACCAAGCACAGCAUUAAAGCACAGAGAUGCAUUUCUGAUGAGCACCACCUUCAUUAGUGCUGUGUUUGGGGCAAUGGUGAUACAUUUGGUUCUAAGGGCUACAGGAUUUGCUCCUACCCAAGUUGAUGCCAUACCCGGAAUUCUUCUUCUGUUUUUCAUAGUUCUGCUCAUUUGGCCAUUUGACAUUUUGUAUCGACCAACUCGCUUCUGCUUCAUCCGUAUUAUUCGUAGCAUCAUCUGCUCUCCAUUCUAUAAGGUUCUGUUUGUACACGUUUUCAUGGCUGACCAACUAACCAGCCAGAUUCCAUUGCUAAGGCACCUGGGAUUAACAGGGUGUAACAUUUUGGCUGGAGUUUUCAAAACACACCAUCCUAAGGCCUGUCAUUCAGGAACGCUAUACACAGAAAUAAUCUAUAUUAUCUCAUUUUUGCCAUAUUUUUGGCGUGCAUUGCAGUGUGCAAGAAAGUGGUUUGAUGCUGGUGAAGUUGCCAAUUUGGCUAACAUGGGAAAGUAUAUUUCAGCAAUGGUUGCAGCCUGGGCUAGACUAACCUAUAAUAAUAGGCAUGAUAGCAAUCUAUGGUUUGCUAUAGCCUUAAUCACUUCUGUGGUGGCCACAUUUUAUCAAUUGUACUGGGAUUUUGUCAAGGACUGGGGUUUUUUUAAUCCAAACUCCAGAAACCCAUUGCUCAGAGAUGAUUUAAUUCUAAAGAAUAAAAGCAUAUACUACAUGUCUAUGGGAUUAAAUGUUGUCCUAAGAGUGACUUGGGUGCAGACUGUAAUAUAUAUCAGAAGAAAGGGGCCUGCUCAAACAAAGCUACUAGACUUUGUGUUAGCUUCACUUGAGGUUAUUCGACGAGGGCAUUGGAAUUUCUACAGGUUGGAGAAUGAGCAUCUAAACAAUGUUGGUCAUUUCCGGGCAGUGAAGACAGUUCCAAUACCAUUUCACGAGAUAGAGCUGAGCUGAGGUGAUAUAUUCUCUUACAUGUACAGAUUGUCCUGUAGACAUGCUGAGGUAAAAGCGGCAGUCAAAAGCUGAAAGGGAAAAAUAUUUUUAACGUGUGAGAUUGCUCACCAUUCAUCCUAUACCAAUUGUAAUGCAAAAAUUGCAUCACUAACUAAUAACAUUUUGU